AUGAAUGAAUUAUGCAUUCUAAUGACGUUUGAUGUGACUUUGGACUACAAAAUACCGAACCUGAGCAUUGCGAACAAUUGCAAUUAUUCAUGUAAGGAUUUUACGACAUUUGCAUUGUUGCAACAUUUCAACGAGAUGAUAGAAAAUGUAACGUUAUGCAAUCAUGAAAUACAAAAUGCUUUCAAUUCUUUCUUCAUUCCUUUCUUUCCAGACUUAAGGAACGAACCAUAA